AUGGUGGACUAUGCGAAGAAGACGGUAGCCGACCUACAGGAGAUCCUGAAGUCUCGUAGUCUGCCGCAUUCUGGCAAGAAGGCUGAACUCAUCGCGCGAUUGAAUGAGGCUGAUGCUACUGUUGAGCAAACCGAAGUCGCAGCAUCUGAGAAUGUAGCUGCACCACAAGAACAGCCUACGUCUGCACCAGAACCUGUCGCUGAGGCCCCAGUGCAAGCAGUGGAAGAUUCAACCGAGCCAGCUCCUGCGACAACACAAGCCGAUGCGGCAGCGUCGCCCUCAGCAAACACCGACACCGCCCUGGCUACAAGCGCCGCGUAUGCUCUACACCUCCCCACAUCAGAGGUGGAUGCGGAGAUGGCGAAGCGCAAGGCGCGUGCUGAAAGAUUCGGCACUGCAAAUGCAGCCGCAAAUGGCACGGAAGCCACAGGGGCAGAAGAAGCAGAUAAAGAGACCGAAAAGAAUCUUGAACGUGCCAAGCGCUUCGGGACCGGUCAAACAGCCAUGGGCAAACUGGAUGAAGCAUUGCCCACAGAGCGGGAGCGUGGUUCGCGUAAACGAGGACGUACCGAUGAAGCGUCUACACUGGAUGAUGCGGGUCUAAGGAGAGGAUUUGGAGGCCAUGGCCGAGGGCGAGGCGGCAGGUUCCGCGGACGAGGUGGCCGUGACAACUCGCGAAGACGACAAGGUGAUCGUCCUGUGGGUGUCACGAAGCCGACUGGCGCCUUUUCAUCGGAUGGCGAUCGACUUGCCGCAGAGGCGAGGAAGAAGAAGUUCGCCACUUGA